AAUGGAUGAAGAAGAUAACUGAGCAAGUGAAACAGCUCGCAAAAAAUGAAGAUGAACAACUCUCAAUGACAAGAUCGUAUGAUGUGCUUCCUCCAUAUGACCAAGCGAAGGCACUGGGGAAAAUUAACAUUGAUGUAGAUCGCAUUGCUGCUGGAUUGCCUUGUGGAAGUGAAGGGUUUCUCUUAAUGUUUGCCCGCUGGAAAAAACUUGAGAGAGACCUAUACAAUGAACGCAAGGACCGGUUUGAUAUUACACAAAUUCCAGAUGUCUAUGAUUCUUGCAAGUAAGAAGUUUUUAUUUCUUUUGUAUUUU